GACCACCUUCUCAAAGAUUGACAAGUGCGAAGACCCUUCUCGACAAAGCCAGUUGCUGGAAGAUGUCACGCCUAAACUUAGAGUGCAGAAGGUUGAUUCAGGAAUUCGAGCGUGACAUGAAAGACCAAGAAGCUAAGAACUCACCAGAAGUUAACAAAUUGCUGCAGGAGAAGAAAAGGAACCUUGUGAAAGAUUUGAACGUCUUCGUCACUCUCAAAAAAACCUACCAGAGCGCUAUCCAGGAAGGCCAGAAGGUGAAGCUGAGCGAGGAUGGAAGAACGGCUGAAGUUGUGGGAGCUCCCCGGCUAGCAUCUG